GGCAUUAACGCCGAUGCGUGUACAAAAAGUGUACUGGGUUUUAGGAACUAGGCCUAUAUUUAUAACGCACUACUACCACUUCCCAUAGGAGAUGGUGGCGGCUCGUAGCGGAGAUGUCGGAAUUACGUUGAAGACCCGUGAGCGCAGCUAAAGUACAUUUUGCACGCCGUCACAGUCAGGUAUGCACAUUUCCUCGCCCUCCCCACAAGUGGCUUGACGCAUUCGGUCGAAGUUGGGGUGCGUGCCUUGAGUGAAAACAAACCGUGAAAGUUGCUCGGUAGGUCGCCGUGCCAGGUGGCAACUGGAGGGCCCAGAUCUCUGGACUCCAGAGACCGCAUUUGACAGUUUCAAUUAUGUCUAAGAGUAAGCACCAGGUCGACAACGGCAUCGUCGCCGUUAAGAGUAAGUUUGACGCUGAUAUCAUCAGGUUUUCCAUCAAUCGUAAUGAGCCUAUGGGUUAUGAGGACUUUGGCAAACUGUUGGCACAGAGGCAUGACAUUGGCCCUGAUUUGAACUUCCUCAUUUGGUACACAGAUCCUACGGAUGGAGAUCUGCUGCCUAUCAACAAUGAUAAUAAUCUAGCUAGAGCUCUGCUGGCUGCCAAAUCGUUGCUUAGAAUUUUCAUUCAAAGAAAAGGUGAUGGCUUAGAGGAUAUCAAUGGAUAUGGUACAAUGAAAACGAAAAAUCUGAUAUCCAGUAUCUUGGGUGGCACACCAGGCAAGCCAAAGCCUUUAGCCAUCUCUAAUCCACAUGACUUUAGGCAGGUGUCUGCAAUUAUCGACGUCGACAUACUGCCAGAAACUUGCAGGCGCGUGCGCCUCUUGAAACAUGGCUCAGACAAACCUUUGGGAUUUUACAUCAAAGAUGGCGAAAGCUUCCGCAUACUGCCACCGUCAGCUGGUGGUGGAAUCGAGAAGGUUCCGGGUGUAUUCAUCAGCAGACUGGUACCGGGUGGCUUGGCAGAAAGCACGGGUCUUUUGGCAGUCAACGACGAGGUUUUAGAAGUGAAUGGCAUCGAAGUUGCGGGAAAAACGCUUGAUCAGGUGACUGAUAUGAUGAUAGCAAAUUCGUCCAAUCUUAUCAUAACCGUCAAGCCAGCGAAUCAGAGAGCGGCGUUGGCCGCACCUCGCCGCGGCUCAUUCUCACGUAACAGUCAAUUAUCGUCUGGGAGCCGCCAAUCUACACAAAGCGCCGGUAGCGAUGAGGAAGCGGACGAGAUCGUCGAUUUAACAGGUCUGACGAUGCAGGACGACGCCUCUGCGUCGUCGGGCACUCAACACCAUCACUACCACCAUCAUCAUCAUCAAAAUCAUUUCAGCCACGACCAAGGUGUGCUGCACCUCUAAGGCGACACGACGAUGAUUGAUCGUACCGAAUUGUGUGCUCAAUUUAACUCUUUCGUUGCAGUGCGCUUUAACUGAAAACUAGCCGCUGUAUGCGGAGAGAUAUUCGCGUUUCAGUUAGCAGAACGCGCUAUCAGGGCCACGCCAAAAAGAGUGCAAGCCUUAUGUUGGAUCAAACCACAGGCCCAAGCUAAUUAAAUUUAAACUAUACGUUAUGAUAGGAAAUAAAUUAAAAAAAAAAAUAUUGGAAACAUUCCAACCUUGACAAAUUUCGACAUGUAUAUGUGUAAAUUCCGUACGUAUGUGGAUUUCAGGCCUUAUGUAUAUGUCAUUUGCAAAUAAGAGGCUACUUUUUGAGCGCGUACAUAUACGGCUUCCUCAGCGAAAGAGUUAAUAAUGUCCAUUGUAUUUGAUCGUGUGUGUGUGUGUGUGUGUGUGUGAGAGAGAGGGAGAGAGAGAGAGAUUUACGUACUUAGAGAUAAUAUUCCGAUGACUAUACGGAAAUGUUAUACAUAUACGACAAUUGUAUAUAUAUAUGUAUAACAUUUCCGUAUAGUCGUCGGAAUAUUAUCUUUAAGUACGUAACUUUUUUUUUUCUCUCUUUCUCUCUCUCUCUCCAUUUCUCUCUUUCUUACGUUGCCAAAGAGGUGGCAGCAGUGAAAUCCACAUACGUACGGAAUUUACACAUAUACAUGUCGAAAUUUGUCAAGGUUUGAAUGUUUCCAAUAUUUUUUUUUUUAUUUUAUUUCCUAUCAUAACGUAUAGUUUAAAUUUAAUUAGCUUGGGCCUGUGGUUUGAUCCAACAUAAGGUGUCGUGAGCGUAGAGCGUCAGGUAGCUCAAUAGUUUAGAGCUUUUUAGAA